AUGGUCGUUAUAUCAGAAGACGCGCUCACAAGCACCAGGUUCGUCGACGUAGGUGGCCAGCGGUCGCAGCGGCAGAAGUGGUUCAUGUGCUUCGAGAACGUCACGUCCAUCCUGUUCCUGGUGUCGUCCUGCGAGUACGACCAGGUGCUGAUGGAGGACAGGCGGACGAACCGGCUGCUGGAGGCGCGCAACGUUUUUGACACAAUCGUCAACAGUCGCAUCUUCCGCGAGACGUCGGUUAUUCUGUUCCUGAACAAGACGGACCUGCUGCUGGAGCAGGUGCAGCGGCCGGACAAUGAUGUGGCCGCGCAUUUUCCUGAAUUCCAGGGCGAUUCGCACAAGCUGGAGGACGUGCAGUCGUUCCUGCUGCAGAUGUUCGUGGACGUGCGGCGCGAGCACAAGCUGCCCCUAUUCCACCACUUCACCACGGCCAUCGACACGGAGAACAUCAAGGUGGUGUUCAACGCCGUCAGGGACACGAUCCUGCAACGCAACCUCGACACCCUGAUGCUGCAGUAGACGCUGAUGUAGCUGGCGUUGGCACCCAGGGCGCCUUGCGGCGACGAGGCUGGUGCGUCGUUGAGGUCCCGACGAGUCUGGGCUCUCCCGGGAGUGGCAUUCGGUGCGUGGGACCUUCUGGCCUGGCCACGGUACGAGGACUGGUACUCAUUCCUUUGCGCUGUGCUUGGCCGUCGUGUCGCCCCGUGGCGUGUUUUUAUAAUGAUGUCGUUUUACAUCGGAGGACUGUUGAACGCCGUUGUUGAGGGCAGACUGUCUGAUGGUGCUAGUGAUUGUGCUACGCAUGCGAAGAUCUGGGCCCAUAGCUGGUAGCGUUGGCGAGGCUCCCCGCCGCCAAUGUCGUCGUUUGUACUGCGAAGUUUUAUUACUCAUGCGACGUCAUUGGUCUAACUCCCGAUUCUUUGAGGCUGUUUGUACUGCGAUGGCUUGUAUUCAUCGGUCAUCGCUGGUUAUCCGCCGCGCCUCAACGAUAUUUUUACUGCCGAGUUUUGCUACUCAUGUGACGUCACAUGUCCCGUCAUGCCAGCCGCGGCCGUACUAGCGGCGCCUUUGUACGGUCUGUUUGUACCGCUCAGUGAGACCUCGGUCGUGCUCCCUCCGCCGGCCUGGCGACGCUGCCGAUGUUGUAUUUUAUCGCGGGGCCCUGUUACUCUUUUUACACCGGCGGCCGGGCUGUUACCGGGCGCGUUUCGCCGGCCGUCGUGCGCCGCUGGUGGUUUCAGCGCCGGCUCCGGACGGCCUGGCGCGAUCGAAGGGACCAAACUCGCCUCUCGUGCAGCGUGAACGAGUGCUCGGAACGAUGGCUGUAAGCGUGUAUCGCAUUUGCGUGUGGGGUAAUAUCUGCGUGUAUUGAUAAUAACUUGUAGCCUAGAGCAGUGCGUGACCGGCCGGCCUUGUCGGCCGAGGCCCGCCCUCGUUAGCAGCGGCCGAGCGCUGCGUGUGGUGACGCGUAUCACUCUCACUCUCUCGCUGUUGGUGCGAGGCGCCUGACCGGCGGGCUCGAUGUCGGUGCCCGUCUCAACUUGCCUCGUGUAUUCACGGUGAGCGCCGAGGGGGGGGGGGGGGGCAACAGCUCGCGGGACAACAGCUGCCUUCUCCGUCAUGUAUUCGUCGCGCGCGCGAGAGACGGGCUGCUGUUACGUCUGCUGCCAAUAAAGCUGCGGAGGCUCGUA